GCACUUCUGUGUGUUAUUGGUUAUAUGGUUAUUGUAAUUAUAUCCAUGGCGAGCGGGGCAAUGUUGUAAGUUGUCUGACAGGAAGUGCAAGAACGGAUGAGCGGGUAUGCUGGAGGAGGAAUAGAAAGCAGGGAGGAGUUAGAGAGAGAGAAACGGGCAUAGAUUUUCAGGGAGGAGAUUUUAGGGAAGACAAGAAGCACAAUAAGAGCAGCGCGCGCGCAUCCAUAAUCAGGAAGUGUCGGGGUUUCUUUGUGCCAGAUUUCCAGAUACAGAAUUGCAAUAUCGCAUUCUGUUUCAGAAGUUUGCUUUCCUCUUUCAGGAGGAGAAUAAAACUACCUGAAUGAUUCCAGCGACUCUGAAACCCACGAUGGAUUCGCUGAGUGCUGUCUUGCGCUUCUUCACCAAUCAGAAGACCAAAAUCGGAUAUGCAGUCAUGGCAAUCGCUACCAUCGGCGGUGAGAGGAUCUUCUCGCUCUCAUCCUUCCAGUGUCCGUGCAACGUAAAACAGAACAUGGUCUACGGGCUCUCGUUCCUACUCGGACCGGCGCUCGUGCUCUUCACCGUCGGUGUUUUCCUGAGCACGCGCCUGUGGCGCCUCUACACGGGCUGCUGUCUCAAUCCCAGAAAACUCUGUCCUCAUAGGAAGAACUGCGUGGGCUGCUUAUCUGUCCUUUUAAAAGUGAUUGUUGGCGCAUUCGUGGCACCAAUCAUGUGGCUCAGCAUCGCUUUGCUGAAUGGCAGGUUCUAUGAGUGCGCAGUGAGCGGUCUGGAAGAACAGGUACUCGUGGACUGGUUUUGUAAAAACAGGACCAGCACAUGCAAGGACGAGCUGGCCAAAGUCCCGUGUAAAACAUCCAACCUGUCACCAGUGGACAACAAGGAGCUUCUGCUAAUGCUACACGCCCAGUCUCAGAUCCUUGGCUGGAUCCUGAUCAUGAGCUCUGCUUUGGCUGCUCUGAUUGGCACUUGUUACAAAAACUGCCGCUCUCAAGUGAGCUACCUGCAGCUCACUUUCUGGAAAGUGUACAAGGAGAAAGAGAGUGAGAAGUUUGAAUCAUUCGCAGAAGAGUAUGCUACCCGGCUGGCCGAGCGAAACCUCAAGAGCUUCUUUGAGAACAAAGACCCUGAAGCAUUUCCUUUUCCAAACUACAAAGCCUGGGAGCAGAUUUCAGCCUUAUACACAUAUAAUCGCGGUGAACAGUAUUACAGCACACUGCAGAGAUAUGUGGAAGCUCCUAAUCGUGACUACACUCCAGAGAAAAUACCACUGGAAAUGGAGCACAGCCUCUGAUAGACAUGGACCUCAAGGUCUUUCAGUAAACAGUAUUCUACUUACAUUUGACCUGUGGCUUUGGUUUACUGACUAGCUAGCAUUGUACCAAAGCUAGCUAGGGAAAAAAAAUCUAAAUUCGAUGUCAUGGUGAUAUUUUAAAGUCACAGUUGCCAAAGUGUUGGUGAAACAACUUUUUUUUCUCUUUCAGGAUUGGUGACAGCCAUGUUAACAGGGCAAUAAUGAACCACUUUUAAGAUCAUACUUAAAUGCCCUAAUACUUAAACUGCCUGGGCUAACCAUGAACUUAAAACACCACUAACAGCUGAAGCUGAUUGAACAACUAAAUACAAGCAUAAUGUUUAAGACUCAGGUUUCAUCUCGAAUCAUAUUCAUAUCUACUUACUGUGCUUAUGAGAAUGUUGGCCAUUUCAGUGUUCCACCCUAAGAGAAUCCAUUCUACAUUGGAGUAUGUAAUAAGCAUAAAGUUACUUUUCAGUAAACUGACAAAAACCUUUGGCCAAAACCAUAUUUUUUUCUGCCAAAAUAUACUUUGACAUCAGUACUCUAAGCAAACAAAUAUAUUUUUACAAUUUUAUUUUGGUUUUAUUUAAGCUAUCCUUCACUGUGUAAGAAAGAAAAUUACUGUUUAUAGCUGUUACAGUCAUGUGAAAAUAUAAGAACAUCCCACUGAAAUUGUAGACUUUUCUCAACGUAUUUAAAAAAGUAAACAUUUCACUCUCUCUGAUACAAAGCCUACAGAUAAACGUGAUAUACGUGAACAAAACAACAAGGAAAAAUUAGUGCUUUCAAUCAAUUAUACAACAAAAAUAUCAUUUCGAUGUAAUAUUUGUCUUUGGAGAAAGUAAGUACACACUUUGCUUCAGAAGCUAGUAUUGCCCCCUUUAACGGAAAUAACUUCUUGUAGGCAUUUUGCAUGACUGUCCACCAGUCUCUGAUACCAGUUUGCUGAAAUUUGACAAUUCUUCCAUGCAAAAUUCCACCACCUGGAUCUGUCAGUGGAUCUGGCAGAGUGACAGUAUUUUUCAAAGUCUGUUGUUAAUCAUCUUGGUCUUUGCAUGGGAAAAAAAGUUAACAGUGGUGCGUACACUUUUCUGAUUUAUUUAUGCACUUGCUGCUUCAUAUAGUCCACACAGACCACACUCUUGGUAUGGGGCAGUACAUCUUAGCUGGGGUCUCCAGAAAAUAAUAUUAAAAUAUAUUUUUGGAUGUUCAUUCCAUUGUUUCUUGUUAUUCUUAAAGCUAUAUGGCCUUUUCAAUUUCAUAAAAUCAGUGAAAUUUAGUUCCCUUGAAAUUUGGUCAUUGUGAGACAUGUUUAUUUCUGCAAUAUCUCAAAAAAGAAAAAAGAAAAAAAAAACAGACCACGUGGCCCUAAAUUCAUUAAUUGUGCUAUUAAAAAAGAAAAACCUAUUAAAAUUAGAAGUCUGAUUGGAAUUCAGUAGCUUUCGGUCCACUAAACAAAAAUAAUUGGGUGUUAUGACCUGAACUUGAAAAAUCUGAACCUUUAAAUGAUAGUAUUCCAUUGCUAUUUCAGGGUUUUUUUUUUCCCAGUAUUUUUGGGGCAUAGCAGUAGGAUCUUCAUUAAAAAAAAUCUUCUGAUAUAGCCCACAUCUGCUUAAAGAUAAAUACAAAUAUUUGGAGCAUUAAACAAAUCCUGAUAGUGGUGUUGCAUUACAUCACACACCAAGUUCUUGGAUUUAACCGUAAAAUCAGUGUGUUCAUUUUGCAAUUUUAGUCUUUUCAGCCAACAGGGAAGGGGUUCUUAAACUGAUUCCAUUCAGGAUUCUUUGAACCCUAGUGCUAGCUAGCAAACCAGCCCAUGUUUCUACCAGUUUUGAGUGGAACCAUUUUAAUCAAGGAUGCAUCAUCAACAGAAGGUGUUGCACAAUGGAAAGAUAUAGUAGUAGCAAGAUGAUUACCCGUGAGCUUUUUUCUGUCAUUGCAGAUAUUUGUUUUCAUCCAAAGAACAAGCAAAAUCCAACCACGAAUGAUAAGAUGUAGAAACUCUCCAAACUAAUGGCACCCACUGAUGUCAUCAUGGUCCGUGCUGGAAAAAUCAGCUAUCUUUUGGCUCCAGCUGGAAAUCAGCUUUUCAGGUGGCAAACCUGUUUAUUUUUGGUCAAAAUGCUCUGAAUGGUUCAAAAUUUGGUGCACAGACCAGAAUGGAACCCAUUCCCUGUUGGUGCAAAAGGGGUAUUAUUGUCAUGUUCUGGAUCUUUAUUCUCUACCAGAUGAUAUUUUGCUACUUUGAUGCCAAACUGACACUCAAGGGAAAACUGAAAACCUGAUGUUUGACCACUCAGUUGUAGGUAGUUAAAUUAAGCACUGAAAUCUCAAACACUUAAUCACAUUUCCAUGCUUCCAAAUUCUAACAAACUAAAAAGUGCUGCUUCAUCAAAGAAGCUUUUCCACCUUUAAAGUUUUACUUCAACCCUUAAUAAUCCACACUGAUUCAAUUCCAAACUGGAGAUAAAUUUGUUACAUGUGUUAGAGCCAGUGUGCCUUUGUAUCAUUGUAUAAUGUUGUGGGGAUUCCCCCCAGUGGAAAAUAAAGAAACAGCAGCUCAGGAAA